AUGGCCCAGGUGGUGCAGCAGGGAGAGACCGCUCUCCGAGAGGGAGGUCUGGUUCAGUGCCACGAGUGCGUGCGAGAAGUGCCUUUAGCCUCUGCGGGCCAGACUCCGACAGCACAGGCUGCGCACCAGACGCAGUACUUCAGUUUGGGAACGCCACCACAACAGCCUCCUGCGCCAACUGACCUGGCAGUGCUUGGUGUCCAGAACGCCAGCCAGACAAGUGCCAGUGCAGCUGCGACCGCCAACGCCACUGUGACGACAGGCGCUGCGGAGAGUUCGGGGAGCGCUGCAGCUGCCAAGGCUGCGCCGAAGGCGCCGAGCAACCAGCCCACUACGAAGGGCGACGUUGGGAAGGGAACAGAGAAGGGCGUCAGAACGUUCCUUGAGGGAGCAUACUUUGCGAUGCCCAUGGUCGCACCUUCCUUCGUUGAGUCGGGAGAGAAGAUCUAUUGGCUUCUCGACUCUGGGAGCUCGUACCAUGUGGUUUCCCAGGCGACGCUUGAGAGUGGACACGUCAAGGUUUUGUCGAGAAAGAAGCGACCGAAGACUGUGUGCCAGACUGCCACUGGCGACCUGGUGGAAGUGGGAAGCGACACCCACGCGACGAUCGAGGUGAAUUUUCUCACCACUCGACACUUUGAGCAGCGAGGAGGAGUUCUGAGCACCUUUGCGUGCACCUGUCGUCUAGAAGCGGAGGUGACGCUGCUUCCAGCAGUGUUCGGCGACUGCACAUGGCUUCAGAGUGUGAUGGCUGAUUCUUCCGCGACUCUGUUGGGCGUAGGAGUCGUCUUGCGUCAGCUGAGUGCAGUUGGAGUGCAGUUGGUAGGUCAAUCGUCUUGCGGCAGCCCUGGAGUGCAGUUGGCCAGUGCGAAGAAGGGCUGGACAGGCCGGGCGGAAGCAAUGGAGAUAUCCUCCGACGAGGAGGCCCUGAGCCACAGCAACCGCAACUACUGCGAGUACUGCAUGGUCUGCGGGAACCGCCCUGGUUUGAGGCUUCUACCGGACAGGCUUUCCGAUCCCGAAAGGAUCGAUAUGAUGAUCCAACUUCGUAUGCCGGACUUGGCCGAGCCCGAGAUCAAGAAGGCGGGUGCCUCAACUUUGCCGCCAGAGGACAACUCGGAAGCCACAGCCAAAUCCAGCAAUGCACUUCCGGGAAUCUGGGCGGAACCAUCAGAGCCUCCGACGCCGUGUGCUUCCAACAGAGCCAGAGACACGACGGGUGAAGGCCAGGGGGCGGCCUUGGCCAGACACUCUGGGGGUCCAGCAGCGCUCGACCCAACAACUGGAGGGAGCGCGGGCAUUGACUCCACUGAGCGAGGGAGUGGCAGCUCAGGCCGUGUUCACCUCACCUGUCAAGACACCACCAGGGUGGACGCCUCCGAAUUCGCCUACGGACUCGGAGAACUGGGGUGGCUGGAAGCCAGCUCAGGCUGGCCGCGGGGAUCUGCAGCCAAAGACACCACCCAAGUCGGUGGAUCCGAAGGGGCUCGGGUCUAUGAUGCCCAAGACGCCGCCCAAGACGGCGCCAUUGGAGGCACCUGCGGAGGAGGACACCGAGAUGGCCGAGGACACAGGGAUGGAGCAAGAAGCGCCAUCGCCACCCAAUGUGUCGCCGAGUGUGCCGCCUCCGGCACCUCCGCCACCACCGGUUUCGGCUCCACCAACAUAUUCGUGGGUGCCGCGCAGCUACCCACCUCCGGGUGCAGUGCUGAGUUCGCCCAGCGGCGAGAGCUUACACACGAGGAUGAGGCUCGGGAUCUGUACGGAGGCAGAAGCAGACUCCUGGAGGAUUGCAGCGGAGAUGGCCACAGAAUCUCGGCGAGUGCGUCCGCGCACCGCAUUGCCGAUCCCGCCUCCUGCUCCUACCGUGAGCCGGCCUACUUCAAGCCCAACGGGGAGUGUUCUGGGGCCACCACUGGCACCACCGCCGGCACCUCCAUCGGGAAUGUGGGUUAUCAACCCGCCGCCACUUCCGCCAAGGAGAUCUUCUCGCAGCCCGACCCCGUAAUCGUCUCACAGCUUUCGAAGCCCGACGCCAUGAAUAAUGGCCUUUUUGCUUUGCCAACGCACCAGCAUGCAUGGAAACAUUCUAGAGUGCACGCUUCGUGUGAGUUCUGCGGUCAGCCAUGCUCAGUUUUCAGUUCCGCUGCUGUUGUUGCCCCGUUGCAGGAAGAGGACCCCCUCAACCAGAAGAAUCACAACAAGGAGCCCAAUACGCAAGCAGAGGGUCCGGCCGGUUUGGGUUUAGCAGCAGGGCAGGGAGAGCUGAUCAUAUCACAAGAUCCGGAGACACGCCGUGAGCUGCACAAGCGCCUGUCACAUGUCUCUCAGGGUCACGUGCCAUACUGGGCGAGCUGUGAAGCUUGCAACAGAAGCCGAGGGCUGACGCCAGCCCGCAUGCGAAGUGACAGACCCGAUAAAGAGUAUCAGGUAGAUCAGUUCAUGUAUCGCUCAAGGUGCUUUAUUAACUUUAUUAUUCUAGUGCAUGUGCUUGCUUUUGCGAUUGGAGUGACGUUCCGACCAGAAGGGAUGAGUGGACGCGAAUCAGCCGGGCAUCUCGAGCCGUGGCUAGCUCACUUUGGGUUAGGCCAGAGCGCUGCUCCUAAGCCCUCCUUCUACUCAGAUCCGGAACCGCUGACCAUCAGCAUUGCACAGGCCCUAGCGGAACGGUAUGAGGGACACAGUGAAAGUUUUGCUCCGGAGCGCCACGCUCCCGUUGCUGAACGAGCAGUGCGAACCUUGAAAGGGAUUGUGUCUUCUCACGAAUUACAACUCCGUGAAAAUGGUGUUGUCCUCGGAGAUGAUCCGGGUACUUUAGAGUUUCUUUUUAGAUACGCGGCACACGUGCACAAUCGAUUUGCAGUGUCGGUCGGGAACACCAUGUCUCCUUUGCAGAAGCUGCGGGGCCACGACCACAAGCCCCAGUUGACCUAUCCCUUCGGGGCUGUCGUUUUCGCAAAGGUCAGCCGUUCUAGCAAAGAGGAGGUUGAUACCAAGUAUGCCCGCGGGGUGUACCUGGGUCCUGUGCUUGGUUCUACCGGGCACCAGGUGCGUAUCCGGCUGGAUUCUGGAGAAACCAAGUUGAUUGUUGCGCCGGGUCUGAAGUUGCUCUACCCUCUUCGAUACGAUGCUUCGUUGCUUGACGGUGCCAGACCUCUGGAAGGCUUUGUGCCACCUUUGGAUGAGGAGCGCUUUCGCGAGCUCCACCUUCCCUACGUGCCGGGAGGGGGACCCUCCAAAGAAUGGAUCCGCGAGCACGGUGGCACCCCUAAGUGCCCCGGAUGCUCCGAAGAGGCCACGUCCUCUCGCCAUUCAAUAAAGUGCGUCCGGCGCUACCAGCGGUGGCUCCGAGAUGCUGUGGACAACGCUCUUGAAGAGCUUGGUCGGGACCCUCCGCCCGCUCAAGGCCCACCGGCCAAGCGGGUUCGCUUCGGUGAUUCGGAAGUUCGUGAGUUUCCGGCGCCCUCGGCGCCCUCAGAGCAAGAAGUAGAAGUACCACAGAUCAGUGCGGAGGCCAACGACCAUCUUAGUGACUACGAGCCCUCGUUGCCCUCCGAGGACGAGGGAGAAGAUGAUCUGAUGGGUGUCGCCGAGGCACCGAAGGAUGAUCGCCCCGCGAUUCGGUUAUUGGAGGAAAUGUGGGCUUGCGGCUGCGUCCGCUACGUUCCCACUCCCUUGACCGCGUGUGAUGUGUAUGAUUUGCAAGCGUUUUGCUCGUUGCUUGUCGACGGCCGCUCCUCUUGCGAUAAGUUGCCGUACUCUUGCCUUGCGUUGCUUGAGCAUGAGCGUGUGGAGCAUGACGUUGGUCGGCCUCGGAGUUCCUACGACGACGUCGAUGGAAUUCAGCUAGACAACAAAGAGAGCUGGGAAGGAGUGAAGACUGAGGUCAAGGCCGUCGACUCUUUGCAAGUCGGCCUCCUUCGUUCCAGGUCUGAAGUUGAUCGCUACCAGGAAGAGAACCCAGGGUGCCGCCCCACGCUCUUUAGUGGAUGGGUUCAGCUCGGAAAGAAGUGGACGUAUAUCAUCGCCCUAGCUUAUGUGGAUGAUUUAUUGAUCGUCUCCGACAGCCAAGAGGGGGUUGAGUUUAUCCACAAGUCCCUGAGUGCGGUUCUAAAGGUAAAGGUCACCGGAAGGCUCCAUGAAGAUGGCCAACUUGAGUUUUUAGGACGGCUUAUCAAGCUAGAUGGGAACAACAUCACCCUUGGGGUGAAACCUGAGUACGUGCGUUCAGUCUUCUCUGCCUUUGGGUGGACCGAGAAGGACCUGGCUAAGGUCAAACCUGUGGCCGCAACCCCCGACAUUAGGGCUCUAUAUGAUGCUGAGGACCCUGAAUCCCCAUCGCCCUCUUUGUCUCCAGAAGCCGCGGGUAGGUUCAGGUCUUGCCUUGGGAAGAUUGGUUGGUUGACCCAGACGCGCACCGACAUCACAUAUUUCCACUCUAUGCUUUCGAGAGGGCAAGCUGCACCAAGGAUGGUGCACGAGGAUGCGCUAAGGAAAUUUCUUCGGUGGUUGGUCGGUUGUCCGUUGCUUGAUCAGGUUUUUCCCGCCUGGAGCGGGGAAACUUUGGAAGAAGAGGGUGCCACUUUGGUGACGUUCUGUGAUAGCAACUGGGGCAGUGAAAGUAGCACCGGGAGGAAGAGUACUAGCGGUGGGGUUAUCUACGUAGUGGCCGGUUCCCUGUGGUAUUGCGUAAAGGGCUACAGUAGGCUACAAACCGUAGUUGCCUUAUCCUCUGCCGAAGCCGAACUCUUUGCCAUUGCCGAGGCCGCUAAGGAAAUUGCCGGUUUAGGUCAGCUGGCUUCUCACAUUUGGGGCGAGAUCGCCAAGCCCCUCGCUAUCUACACCGACAGCGCAUCUGCUCGCCAGAUUGCCGGGAUGGAGGGGUUCCUUCGGAGGAUGCGACAUGUAGACAUCAGACUUUGUUUUAUUCAGGAUAGGGUGCAUCAGAACGAGUUGGUGAUUAACGGGGUUGCCGGAGAAGAGAACGUCAGUGAUCUCCUCACCAAGAACCUCAACAGGCCCCAGACCUUGAAACACACAACGACCUUAGGAUUGGAAGACGUCCACCAGGUUGACCUUUGUGCUGUGCCGGUGGUUCGCUCGUGUGUGUUCCUUACAGGGCUGUUGAAUUCAAUCUUUGACAACACAGAACUUGAGUGGGAAAGGUUCUUGGGCCUCUGUGAGCUCCCAACCUCGUACGGAACCCUGUUCAUUGAGUUUUGUACCGAUCCGCAAUCUAGCUUUGUGACCACGGGGUGUGACUACUCUGUCUUUGUUCUGCCGGUGACUGUGGAAGUAGAUGGGACUUCACCUGAGACCGUGGAGCGGCUCAUGUCAGCCAUGGAUGUUGCCAGGAGCUGGGGAAUGAAGGUUGUUCUUUGGAGCAGCACGCCUUGUACCGGGGGUAGCCCUUGGCAAAGAAAGCACUUGCACCACAACCCCCAACACCAAGAGCACUUGCAGGCCCUGUUCACAGUGCACAGAAAGCUUUGGAAGUCGUGGUUGAAACUGAACACCCACCGACAAGUGAGUGUCUGGGUGAUGGAGUGGCCACAAAGAUGCAGCUAUUGGGGCUGGCAGUCUACGAAGAGCUUCCUGCGGAGCAGAAGCCACCACGAAGGGCUUGUGCAUGGGUGCAUGGCAGGCAUGGUAGGUCAAGAUAAUCUUUUGGUGAAGAAAACAUGGAAGCUUGUUUCUAACGAUGCGGAUUUUAUUCAACACAUGUCUCGAAACUUUGCAUGUGAUGGUAGCCACGAUCAUUCACAAACGUUUGACCUUAAAGCUACACAACACUAUCCGAGAGCCUUCGCAGAGACUGCUUUGGCCACGCUACGGCUCGGAUGA